AUGCCGGAACCUCCGUAUCCCCUCCACGAAUCUAUCCGUGACCUGGUUCACCCCGAGUACGCGGCAUUUUACAAUGAGCAUAUCAUCAAUAAACAACAGGUUCACUACCAGCCCCUUGCAGCGUCCCGCACCUCCGGGAUCUUGAUUCCUGGCGCUGGUCCAAUGAUCCCUGUUGGGAAAACGCAAGACUUCUCGAUCAAGCGGCAGGAAUCAGAAGGUCCAGACGUGAAAGUACGGUGCUUUACUCCUGCCGCGGAGAAGGAGCCUGCGGGAGGAUGGCCUGUCCUGCUGUAUUACCACGGUGGGGGGUGGGUAUUGGGAAACAUCGACACGGAGAAUGUCGUGUGCUCAAAUAUAUGUGCAAGGGCGAAUUGCGUUGUGGUUACCACAGAUUAUAGUGUCGCACGAAGUUUUCCACCCCUCAGAAUCCAACUUCUCCAUGUCCCGGUUAUGGAUAAUACCGCAAAUGUGUCCAACAACCGCUCGUACAGAGACUAUGAGCACACUCCUGCCCUUCCUGCAGCUAAGAUGCUCUGGUUUCGACACCAUUACCUUCCAAAUGAAUCGGACAGAUCCAAUCCCGAGGCUAGUCCGCUCUUUUAUCCGGACAGUGCUGCCACCUGGAACGGAUUGCCACACGCGAUUGUGGUUGUGGGUGAGUUGGACGUGUUGCGGGAAGAGGGAGAGCAAUAUGCUGCAAAGUUGAAGAAGAACGGUGUGAGUACGGACCUGCAUGUGAUGCAAGGUCAGCCACACCCUUUCCUUGCGAUGGAUGGAGUCCUAGAGGCAGGAAGGCAAGCCAUAACAUAUAUGGUGGAGGGCUGCAAAACACGGUUCUAUUAA